AUCGUCCGCGAUCGCCGGCGCCUUCAGUGAUUUCUCUUGAUUCCUCUCGCAAUCGCUGGUUGCUCGUUGCGUACCAGCAACUCUCGCGGGCUUAUCCCCUGUUUUUCAUCCCCCCAAAACAAAACCCUCUCCCGAUGGAACGACCGUUGGAGACCGCGCUUUGGUGACUGCGCUGGCCGUGGUUGAGUAUUGUGCUGAGCAGUCGCGCGUUGAACUUGAACCAGAAAAGAGCUACACCAUUCAGCAAGCAAACCCCGAAAGUCAGUGAUCGCCAAUUGGAGAGCAGUGAACCUGAACAGCCACAAAGAAGAUGCUACGAUUCACGCACGCACUGUUGCUGUUCGUAGCCAUGGUGGCGCUCGUUGCCGCAGGGCCUACCGUAAGAAAGGACGAGACAGCCAACGCCAUUACGACUGUUGCGGUGCCUCCAGCACCGGAAACGAAACCCCCUGCUAGUGAAGAACCCGCGCCGGGAGAAAACAUUCAAUCUCCCGUGAAGCUUUCGAUUAGCAAUGAUGAACCAGCGAACGAUGCCACCAGCACCGCCGCUAGUGAAACCAAGCCAACGGACAGCGAAUCCACAACGUCGGUGCCUACAACUUCAGCUUCGACUACGGCCGCGAGCGACUCUUCAACAGUUUCGACGACGUCUUCCACCACGACGAAAGCCCCGAGCACUGCAGCGGUCAGCGGUGAACCGACCGUCCCCACGACGAAGCCUCCCCGCAAAGUGAUCACGUUCGAUCAGCGCCAGGAAGGCAAAUACAACAUUCGUGCCGAUUUGGAAAACUUUGUAAUCGUGGUCGUCCCGUCCGGCUCGUCCUCCGGUGCAUCUCUGCUGGAUCUGUUGACCCGCUCGGCCCACAAGAAGGACGCACACCAAACCCGCAAGGCGUCGCACAAGCGCAAAAACAACAAGGCCCACGGUGCCCACAGGAAGAUCGCCCAGGUAACGCCCGAGGUGAUCGUGCUGGACGAGAACAGCCAGCGGUCGGCGCAGCUCGAAACGGAGGAGUUCAUCGAGGGCCGCACACCGUACAAGGUGGAUCUGUCGAGCAGUGCGCGCAGCGUUGAUGGAGACGACGCGGGUCCGCUCGGUGCGCCAGGGCGCAAAGCAUCGUUCGCGUUCAGUGUGGAGCCGGCGUCGUCGAGCCGCUUGGUUCGCUUCCCGGCCGCGUCAGGUAACUAUCCCCAUCCGCAUGGGAACGGGCGGGCCCUGCGGGUCGGCGGGUACCCUAACACUAACACCCUGCUAGUAGCCGCCGGUAGUAGUAGUGCCACUAACAACCACAUCCUUCCUGGUGACGGGGACAACAAUCCACCACGGGACGGAACCAACUCCCUGCUACUGCUUCGCCGGAGCUACGACGCUGCCGGACACGCGACCGAACCGGACCGGGACGGUAUCGACGGUGACAACGGGCUGGCCGUCUAUUCUCACCAUCCUCCUCCACCUUCCUCCCUCGACAGCCUAGAGUACGAGCCGGUGCGCUCCGAUGUCGACAUGACGCAGCUGCAGCUACAGCCGGACAGCGAAUACCGCUACGACGAUCUGGAGCAGAACGAUGAGGCCGACACACUGGACGGCGACUGGGACGAGCUGCGGCUACUCGGCGCACAGGAGCAGUGUGGCCCGGACCGGAAGCGGGACAGCUACGGCGUCUGUCAGUUUGUGCAGCCGUGAUCGUGGCAGACAUUUUAGUAGUGAUUAGUUCGUAGGUUAAGUGUGGUUCUGAGAGGGACCGACAGAAAGGAUCGAUGAUCUCCCGCAGCUCGAGCGACUGGCGAGCUUUGUCGGGGAGCUUUUGCGCUAGAAGAAACCCCAACACUUCUUCUGCUGUUUAUUUAUUGAUGCCAUUGUGCCAAAUAAAAGCCAUAUUCUACUCGA